CUCAUCUUUCUCCACAAGAAACUGAAAGCAAACCAGAUUCCCGGGGCCAUGGCUUGCUGUGUUUCCUGCGACGGCUGCAGUGUUCGCACCGGCCCCGCCACCACCAUCUGCUCCUUUGAUAAGUCCUGCCGGUGUGGAGUCUGCCUGCCCAGCACCUGCCCACACACGGUUUGGUUACUGGAGCCAACCUGCUGUGACAACUGCCCCCCACCCUGCCACAUUCCUCAGCCCUGUGUGCCCACCUGCUUCCUGCUCAACUCCUCCCAGCCCACCCCAUGCCUGGAGACCCUCAACCUCACAACUUACACUCAGCCCUGCUCUGAGCCCUGCGUCCCAAGAUGCUGCUGAUUGAUGACUGCUUCCCUCAGUGCCUGACAUGGAAAGGGUCAACCCAGAAGCUUUAGUGUUCACCUGUUUCCAUACCUGCAACUGAUUGGCUCCGCUUUUGAAGUUGGGUCAAGGAUGGUGCUUGAUCCAAGAAAAGAAAAAAGAAACUGAGAGACUUUCAAUGGCCAUGUAGCAGCUAACAGUAACCAAAGGCAAUUUGAAUAGGUGGAUGCCUACAGGCUUCCCAAAGUUCAAUUCUUUCAUAUUGAAGUGUAUCUUUCUUUGGGUGCUUUGGGAAUUCUUGGGUGGUAUCUUUCUGGAAACUGAGGAGCUUCCUCAUGAUUAUUCUAAUAAAUUCUACAUCUCUGGCAUAGCA